AUGUCAUGUCUCACUAAAAGCAGCUUCCGGGCGGUUGCUGGUGCUCAAGAGCUUUUUUUUCCGUGCAUCAGCACUGCUGGUGCCCUGGUGCUGCGGAUGCCGAAGAGCAAGCCUCCGUCGCUUCGGGACCUCUACACCGGCAUCCUGGAGGCCAAUGACUACCAGGAGAAAAGGGUCACGGAGCUGUGCAAGAUGCAGAAUGUGCGAACCGAAAAGAUGCAACGGCUGCUGAAGCAGGGGAAGGCUCCGGUGGUGUUUUCCUUCGUGAACCUCCGGGGCGGAACCAUCGGCCGGGAUGAGGUGGAGGAUGAUUGCAAUGCGAAGCUGGUCGCGAGGCUCCUGACGACCCUAGGCUUGAAGAUACCCACUUCAAUCGAGAUGAAAGCGGCCCUUGAGAACGCUUGGGCGAAAACCGAGGGGGACCUCCACCGGGCCCUGAUGUCGCACGUCAUGGACCGCAGCCGCCGUAACUUUGAUGCCAGGAGCGGCAGCAAGAACAUGGCCCUUCUCAAGAAGCUGGUGAACACUUUGCAAGAAGAAAAAGAUCAGGAGAGAAAGAUUCCUCUGGAAGACCCAAAUCGGCUGCCGACCAGGGAGUGGGGAGACUUCUCCGAAGGCUCAGGACCCGCUGAGUACUUGGACGACGAGGACAUGGCGGACCACGCUCAGGAGGGCGGUGAAGAAGAGGAGAUGGAUAAUGAUGCAAUCAUUCCGGACCCCGACGACCCUACGCCCUACCGGCUUCCCAAAGACCCCUUGCAAGCAGCUGCAGCCGAAGAAGCCUUAGCAGAAGAAGCCGAAAAGAAUGCCGAUGCCCAGAAGGAGUGCUUCGGGGAGCGAAGAGGUAUGAAGAGGCCCGCAGCCGCUGUGAGCGAGGGACUCAAGCAAUCGGCCGAGAAGCUGCAGAAGCAGGUCUCCCAGGAGGCCAGCGACAAAGGUGGCAUCCUGGAGGAUGAGCCUGCGGAUGACUCCACGAAGAAGCGGCCUUUGGCUUUGAAGGAUCUGCCAGUGGACGUGGACUCGAGCUCCGAGGAUAAGCCCAAGUCAAAGGAGCCCUCUGGAAAGAAGCGGCGGCGGCGCCGCUUCAUCGGUGUGUACGAGAUCGACGAAGAGGGGGCCUCGUCGGAAGCUGGGGACAAGGAUGUGAAGAAGGUGCAGCAGCAGAUCCGGAAUGCUGCCAGCUUGUCGGAGGUGCAGACAGACGAGGCAGUGCAAGGGCGAGGCAAUCCACGCGGCCGUGGCGGCCGUGGCGGCCGUGGCAGCCGUGGCGGCCGUGGUCGUGGACGAGGCCGCCAGGGCGAGGACGACGAUCUCGAUGCAGAGGACGAGAAGGCCACAGAUGAGGUACUUUUGGAGGAGCAGGAGGACAAGCUGAAGAACAAAGGCAAGGCAAAAGCAAAGGGACAAGCGAAGAAGGAGCCGAAGGCGAAAGCAAAGGGACAAGCAAAGAAGGAGCCGAAGGCGACAGCAAAGGGACAAGCAAAGAAGGCGAAGGGCCAGGACCAAGUGGAAACGCCCGGCACUGUGGAGGAGGACUGUCCGUGGCUUCUCCAUUUAAAUUUGUAG